UUCAAAUUUAAAUCACCUUCUGUUUUUUUUUUUUUGUUUAUAACAACUUACAUGCUUCAGAGAGUCCUACAACAUCUCUAUCAAAGUAAGAUUUUCCCACUCAAUUUUUAACAAAUUGGCUCACUGGAAAAAUAGAUUCUCACUAAAACACUAACAUGUGUGAAAAUACUAUUAGUUGCUUUUCUUCAUUGAUUGAAUCAAAUACAAUUAAUAAUCCUUCCACUAUUAAUCCAUGCAUUACUAAUUCCAGCAUUAGUAAUCACUGCAUUAUUCAUCUUCGUACCAAACGACCCCUCAGAAGAAAGGGGGAUGACACACUCUACUGAGAUUACCUCAACAGAUAAUCAAAUUCCACUGUUUCUUCAAUUGAAAAAAAAAUGAGGUCUCUCUCUCACAACUACAUAAAUUAAUUUAUUGAUUUCAUUAGCCCACUUUUCUUUUAAAAUUUUAAUAUAGAAUUUUUGAGACUAUUUCCUUUAUUAUAAUUUUAGGUCUACCUAGUGGUCCUAACAUAUUCACUAAUCAUAGUUUUACACCUUUUGAAUUUUUUUUUUUCGAGUGGGUCUCAAAGCGUAAUGGUGAGGUAAGUUUUAAAGUCACAUUUUGUUAAAUUAAAAAAUCAAAUUUAGAUUUUUUUUAAUUCAGUCUAUUAACAAAAAAAAGUAAACGUAUAUAUACAUUACUUGUUCUAACGAGAGAUGUAUCUUAUUUAUAUUGUAAAAUUGAUCGUAUUAAAAUAAUAUGUAAUUGCUUGCUUAUUGCAUAAUGCUUCUAAUAAACAUUUUAAAAUUUCUUCAACUCUUUUCCGUUACAGAUAGAAAUGAUGAAACAAUAUCAUUUAAUCGACAUAGAGGAAAUAGAAGAAAGGAUUGAUGAAAUGUUUAAGAAUUUAAGCAUUUCACCUAUUGAAUCGCGUACCAUAUUCAAAGUAAACAAGAUGUUACAUGAAUUAAAUUCAGAUGCUUAUACACCAAAGAUGGUCUCUAUUGGUCCUUACCAUAAGAACAAUCCUCAACUUGAUCCAAUGGAAAAGUACAAAGUGUCAUACCUAAAACGGUUUCUUCAACGAAGAGAGGGGCUUGAUGUAAAAAUAUGCAUCAGUAAAUUGAUGACACUGAAGGAGAAAGCACUAAAUUGUUACGACGAUAUACAAGACAAUAGUGAAUUUUGCCAAAUGUUGUUGAUUGAUGGUUGUUUUGUGGUUGAGUUUAUUCGAGAGCGUAGCAAACUGUGUCCAGAAGGAGAAGAUAGGAUUAUCAUGAAUCCUAAUCGUGCAAGCUACAUAUUUCGAGAUUUGAUGUUACUAGAUAACCAACUUCCUUUCUUUAUCCUAGACCACCUUCAUCACAUGACAAAGCAAGUUGAUGAAUCGUCAUUGCUAAUAUUGGUGAAUAAGUUGUUCAUGCGUUUUGCUAACAUGCAGGUACAUGAACCCUAUAGAGAGACAGAAUGUAAUAAUGUUGAAAAUAUCAAACAUUUACUUCAUCUAGUACACAUAUUUUCAUGUCAUAGGAAUCCCAAAAAAGAGUCAAACGAUGACAUAAUGUAUUCUAUGGUCAUGCCAAAUGCAAUAGAACUUUCAGAAGCUGGAGUUAGCUUUUCAAAGUCCAGAGAUAUGGCAAGUUUAAUGGAUAUAAAGUUCAAGAAUGGAUCCAUGACAAUUCCUUGUUUACGAGUUGAAGGUGCAACGGAAACCCUCCUGCAAAAUCUCAUUGCUUAUGAGCAACAAUCAUCUGAUGUACAAGAUACAUAUUUCAGUGAUUAUGCAACUUUCAUGGAUCGUCUUAUCGGCUCAGACAAAGAUGUAAUAUUUUUUCUUCGCCAAAAAGGAAUCAUAGUGAACUGGACAACAGAUGACAAAGAAAUGGCUAGCCUAUUCAAUAAAAUCAUAAAAGGGAUCACUAAGUAUUCCGUCUUCUAUUACAAAGAAGAAUUCAAAAAGGCAGUUGAACAUUGUGAAAAACCAUGGAACAGAAUGAGGGCAAAUGUGAAGCACAAUUAUUUUAAUAAGUCUUGGGCAAGAGCUUCAACUGUGGCAGGCAUCAUACUCAUCAUACUCACAACUAUACAGACUAAUCUAGCUUUUACAAGUUCCGUUAAAUAAGUAGUGAUUGUUUCAAUUCCAUGCAUGUAAUUUAUAAUGGAAUGCUAAUUAGUUUAUUUCAAGCAUCUAUCAAAUUUGA